UCCGUCGCGGGCAGGAAGAAGCGGCGGACGCAGUAAGGCUCUACUGCAGAGCCGGUGUUCGGACGGGCAAGACGUGUGCAGCCCGAGGAAGAAAGCCAGAGGAGCCGAACCAACAGAAGUAUCCGGCGCUUAGAAAUUGCAUGGACGUAUACUGCUUGAUCGUGCCUACAAGACUUCAUUGACGGUGCAACGUGAGUUAAGGACGUGAAGGCUCGAAGGAACGAGGUUCAACACAACGACAGGCAGACAUUUCGUAGUGGUGCCACUUGUGAAGUGUCGCUCGAUCUGGUGAAAUUAAAUGAAGCACUUCAUAUUCUGUUUACUCUUGGCAUUCCUCGCCACUGCAACAUUUUCGAAAAUAUUAUGUGCUAGCACCAGAAUAUAUGGUUUCAUUUUCGAUGCUGGCAUAUUUAUAAUAUCUGCAACGACAGCACACAUUUUGAUAACGAUCGCCAGACAUUUCAUGCCCAAGAAAAAUAUUCAAGAUCUAGAUAAAAAAGCAGUUUUUAUAACAGGAUGCGACUCGGGGUUCGGCCACAUGUGCGCCAAGCGCCUGGACGCGCUGGGAGUGACGGUGUACGCCGGCUGCUUGUUCCCUGAGGGCGCCGGCGCCGCGCAGCUCAAGGCCGCCGCCUCCAGCCGCCUCCACAUCGUGCCGCUGGACGUCACCAGGGACGAGGACGUGCGCAAGGCCGUCGAAUACGUCAAGCAAACCAUCGGCGACAAAAAAUUCUGGUGCGUGCUGAACAACGCUGGGAUCCUGUCCGACCUGCUGCUGGAGCACAACUCCAUGGACGCCGUGCGCAAGGUCAUGGAGGUGAAUGCCCUCGGCACGGUGAGCGUCACGCAGAGCUUCUUGCCCCUGCUGGGAGACGAGUCUGGUCGCGUCGUCUGCGUCGUCAGCAUCUUCGGGCGCGUGGCGAUCCCGUUCUGCGUGCCCUACUGCAUGUCCAAGCACGCCGCGCUGGCCUACGUCCAAGGGCUGAGGCGCGAGCUGCAGCUGACCUCCAGCGGGGUCACUGUCCACGGCAUAGAGCCCAGCGUGUACAGAACACCGUUGAGCGACAGCGAAAUACGUAUCGCCCAAAUAAAAAAGCAGCUUGCAGGAAGCCCCGAGGACAUCCAGAAGAAAGUAAAUGAACUAUACAUUGAGAAAUACAAGCUAUUCUACAGGAGGGCAGUCAAAUUUACAUCGAAUCCUAAUGAGAAUGAAGUCGUGGACUGCAUGAUCGAUGCUGCAAUAGGCUCAACACCGAAGCCGUGCUAUAGGCCCAACGUGAGGUGCCUCGUGGAAGGCUGGCUGUUGAAGUGGAUCCCUACGGCGGUGGUCGAUUGGGCGCUGACGACAGCGGCGCGCAUAUUGGCGAGCGACCUUCUGGACACCCGGUCGUGAGACGAAGACAGCUUACUGGCUUGCUCUCGUCACUCUCAGGAUAAAGUAGCUUGACUUCUGGGUUGUAGCCGUGUCCUUGGCGAAUAGUUCACCGACGUUUUUUGGUCGACAUCGCAGUCGCCAAGGUCACGGCUACAACCCAGAAGCCAAGCUACUUUAGAUAAUGGCCGUGAAAGCCUGCGAACAUUAUUACUUUCAUGAUAAGUGUACUUCAUAAUAAAACGAGAAGGUAAUGUCUGAGAAAAUGGCAUUACUUUAACUGAUGUAUUAUCAAU